AUGAGUGAUCGAUUUAAAAUAGUCGAGAGAUUGCUGAGCCUUGUUACUUUUGCUUUGGUCUUGUUUUUGGCGAUUUAUUUGCCUUUAAAUUUGGAAAAAUCGGUCGAGAAUGAAGAGAAAGUGGAAGUUGAAGAUUCCAUUGGUAGAGUUUCAGAAACCGCUGGGCAUUACAAACACGCCGCUGUUGCUACAGACAGCGCGCUUUGCUCCGGGCUUGGUAAGAAAAUCCUAAAAAUGGGAGGUAAUGCCGUCGAUGCAGGAAUCGUUUCCGUCUUGUGCCUUGGGCUCCAGAAUUUCCACUCUUGCGGGAUAGGUGGGGGUUCGUUCUUCAUGGUUUACAACGGGCUCGAGGAUCAGACAUUUAUCAAUUGUCGAGAAAAAGCGCCAGCAGCGGCGACGGAAAAGAUGUUUUUUCAAAAUCCAGAAAACUCCACAUAUGGUGGCCUGGCGAUCGGCAUUCCCGGCGAAAUGGCCUGUCUUUCCGAAGCUCAUGAUCGCUACGGCUCCCUCGACUGGUCCCUCCUCAUCGGCGAAAUCGUUACUCUCCUCGAGGACGGAAUCAUUGUCACCAUCACCCAAGAAGGCCCGUUAAAUUCCCAUGCUGAAAAGUGCUCGAACGCGGAAAUGUUCUUCAACGAAGACGGUCAAAUCAAAAAAGCUGGAGAUGUCAUUCACAAUCGAAAGUUGGCCGACACUUUCAGAAAAAUCGCAAAAGACAAAAAAUCCUUCCACAAAGGCUCUCUCGCCCAGGACAUCGUCGACGACAUCCAAGAUAAUAACGGGAUCAUAACUAUUGAAGAUCUCACUUCUUUCCAGCCGAACAUUGAAAUUCCCCGAAAUGUGGAUGUCGGAGAUUUGAGAUUCUACAUCCCAUCCGCGCCAGCAAGCGGACCAGUUUUUCAGUUCAUUUAUAAUAUUUUUGCGAAUUUCGAUGAAAGUGGAGAUUUGCCUGUGGACUCGGUUGAUUUCAAUCAUAGAUUAGUAGAAGCCUUCAAAUUUGCGUACGGAAAACGAUCAGCCCUUGGCGACCCGAAAUUCAUCACCAACCAGACGACUCUAGAAAUGCUUGCCAAUCUUCCAACGAUGGAAUUUGCCAAGGCUUUUAGUGAAAAAAUUGAUGACACAACUCAUCCUUUGGAGUACUACGAGCCCGAGUUUGAAAUCAUAGAAGACUCUGGUACCUCCCACAUGAGUAUUGUCGACGAAAACGGAAUGGCUGUAGCAAUAACGAGUACAAUCAACACCUAUCUCGGGUCAAAAAUGAUCGGAAAAAGAACUGGAAUUAUUUUCAACAAUGAAAUGGACGAUUUUUCAACUCCCGGUCAAUCUAACAACUACGGUCUUCCCCCAAGUCCUUCCAACUUUAUCAAGCCCGGUGCUCAACCUCUCAGCUCAAUGUGCCCAAUUAUUGCCGUCGACAAGAAAUCCGGUGAAGUCAUUUUCACGGCUGGAGCUUCCGGCGGAUCGCAAAUUACAACUUCAGUGGCAAAUGUCGCUAUACGAACUCUUCUUUAUGGAGAUGGCCUUGAUGAAGCCAUUCAGCGAGCAAGAGUGCAUCAUCAACUUUUGCCAAAUGAAAUCAGAAAGGAAGACAGAUUCGAUUUGAAUCUGAUCGCAGAGCUGGAGAAAAGAGGUCAUCUUUACUACCAAGGCACUGGCAGAGGAGCUGUUGUUCAGGGCAUUCUCAGAAGAAAUGGAAUUCUAGAGGCUGUAUCAGAUGUUCGAAAAGGCGGAAAACCUGAUGGAUACUGA